AUGUCUGAACCUUGGGCUGCUGAUCCGGAACACAACCACGUUCGCGAUUUCAAGGGCUAUGGCGAGAAUGGCCUACAAGGACUAGAAUGGCCCAAUAAAGCAAAGAUUGCAGUUUCCUUUGUGAUCAACUAUGAAGAAGGAGGCGAACGUUCCGUCCUUCUAGGCGACGGCGAAACCGAAACCACCCUCAGCGAAACUCCCGGUCGAGCACCGCGAACCGACGCACGAAACCUCAGCGUCGAAAGCGAAUACGAAUAUGGAAGUCGGGCGGGUUUCUGGAGAUGUUUCCGCCUCUUCAACAAAUAUGCCAUGAAAUUCACGCUGUAUGCUGUUGCGUCGGCUUGUGAGGAGUAUCCCGAAGUGGUGCAGAGGAGUGUGGAAAUGGGACAUGAUGUUGCCAGUCAUGCUUAUCGCUGGAUCGAUCAUUYUGAUUUGACCGAGGAGAAAGAGAGGGAGUUGAUUAAGAAAGCGGUGGUUUCUUUGAAGGGUUUGUCGGGGUAUGCGCCCAAGGGUUGGUAUUAUGGGCGUCCGUCGCCGAGAUCGAGGACGUUGGUUCCUAAGGUUUAUGAGGAGUUGGGGGAGACGUUGUUGUGGGCUUCGGAUACUUAUGCUGAUGAUGUGCCAUACUGGUAUGAUCGAAUCGACACAAAGGAGGGAGAGGAUACCAAAGGCCUGGUCAUGGUUCCAUACUCGUACGACUGCAACGACUUCAAAUUCCUGACUCCUUGCGGCUUCCGGACACCUGGUGCUUUCUACGAGCACAUGAAGAAUGCAUUCGACGUAUUGUACGAGGAAGGCGAGAAUGGCUCUCCCAAGAUGAUGACCAUCGGUUUGCACUGCCGCAUCAUUGGCAGACCUGGUCGAUUCAAGGCUCUCCAAGACUUUGUCGAAUACAUCAGCAAGAAAGAGGGAGUCUGGGUCACGACUCGUUCUGCAAUUGCAGAGACGUUUGCAGAGCAGUUCCCAUACCAGAAGGGAACCUUGGCCAAGGCGAAAGCGUAG